UAUCUCAAAAAAUAAUUUUGUCUUAUCAUGAAGCUUAAUAGGCCUAAAGUUCACUGGUAUCAACCGUUAUGCUAUAUAGAUUUCUAAAUUUUAACAAUUGUCGUUAUUUUUCCCUGGACCAUUUGAUUAGAACCGGUUACAAAAAUUCAGAAAGCUCAUUGUGUUGAAUGAGUUAAUAACUAUCGUUUACAAAGCAAGUUAUAAGCGUUGAUUUGAAGCAAAUCGUCUGCGUUUUUAAUUUCAGAUUCGAUUGAAGUUUCAUAAUGGAACGCUGGAAUGGAAGAGUAGCUUUAGUGACGGGGGCGUCAGUUGGAAUUGGGGCGGCUAUCUGUCGUCAACUUGUCAAACAUGGAAUGGUUGUGGUCGGCUGCGCAAGGAACGUCAAAAAAAUAAAUGAAAUUUCCGAAGAGGAUGGCGUAAAAAAAUCACCGGGACGAUUAAUUCCAAUGAAAUGUGAUCUCAGCAAUGAAUUAGAAAUCCUGGCGAUGUUUCAAGCAAUAAGACAAGAUGUUGGGCGACUUGAUGUUUGCAUCAACAAUGCUGGACUUAGUCACAAUGCUCCUCUUCUUAGUGGAACGACGAGUGAUUGGAAAAAUAUGCUAGAUGUUAAUAUAUUAGCUCUUUGUAUUUGCACCAGAGAAGCAGUGAAACUAAUGAAUGAGAAAGGUAUUGACGACGGCCACAUUAUUCAUAUUUCGAGUAUGGGUGGUCACAGAGUAGCUCCAGGAAUGUCUGGUAACAAUUUCUAUUGUGGUACUAAGUUUAUGGUUCGAGCAAUAACCGAAGGCCUUCGUAGAGAAGUCAAAGAAAUGAAGAGUAAAAUACGAGUAUCGAGUGUAAGUCCGGGAGUGGUGGAAACAGAAUUUUUUCCUCGUCUCCAGAAAAGUGAUCCAGCACAAGGAUGUGCUUUAUACAACUCUAUGGAAUGUCUUCAACCGGAUGAUAUUGCCGGAACAGUUGUAUACAUUCUAGGAACUCCUCCCUAUGUUGAGGUACACGAUGUUCUCGUAAGACCUCAACAGCAAGCUACGUAAUGAAGUACCAAGCUAAAGAUAUAGAUUGUAACAGCGUGUUUUAAGAAACAUAUUCCUGAUACAAAAAUAUCUGUUACCACGUAACCACUCUAAAGUAAAGGAUUUUGGCUAUCUUGAUUUAAUUGACUCUCUUGUAGUAUCCCUGAAAACAGCAGCGUUUCUUAUUUGCCUUUCUCAUUGUUACAAAAAGUCAAAUCAAUUCUCCACCAACAUCUCAUAUUGGAAAAAAUUGAAUAAAAUUUUCUUUUCUAAAAA